CUUUUCGAAAAUCACCCGCUGCUGAGAGACAGCGCAGGCGCUGAGCUCAUUACUCGGUCGUGAAGAAACCAAUUGUCAGGAGGAUAUCUAUGCCGGGCGAUUAAGGUUUAUACACACUCACCAUGUCCGAACCGCGUAGGCCACGGCCUGCUACCUCUCCCACACGCGAGAAAGCACACUCCCCCUACCGAGACUCGCCUUCUCGAAGGAACAGAGGCAGGGACAUCGAAACAGGAGGGUAUGCACAAGUUCAAAACACUGCUUAUUCGCCGCAGCGUGCUCGCCACGAUCCCAACCCUCCCUCACCCGGCUCCAGAACCGCGGAUUGGGAGCCCAUCAUGGCAACCCCCGGGACCCAGAGCGAACUCGGUCGCAAGAAAUCCUUGAUCCGGCCCGAACGUAACAGAAUCGACAAAGACCACCCCAACUACUACUAUCGUAAACAUGCUCAGAAUAUGGAGUUCUUUCCUUCUACCACGGGAAAUGACCCAGUGGUGGAAGACAUGGUUGAUGGGAGAACAGUCAGCUCUGGUAGUGGUAGCAGCAACCUCAAACCAUUUACCGACGACGAUUUGCCUGGCGAACAACGAACAGCACACUUGCCAGGCAAGCUAGAGCCAGUGGGCAACAAGAAACAUCCUCGAAAACUGGUCAGGAAGGACACUCGCCACAUGACGGAGGAAGAGAAGCUGCGGCAGAAGGAAAUGGACAAGAUUCGCCCUCCCAGCACCUGGAACGUUUAUUGUGCAAUCAUCACAUUUUGGGCCCCCGACUUCAUGCUUAAAUGCUUUGGUAUGCCUGCCAGAGCACAAAGAAGAGCCUGGAGAGAAAAGGUCGGCCUGAUUAGUAUCAUCAUUCUUAUUGCUGGGUUUGUCGGCUUUCUGACCUUUGGCUUCACUCAAGCGGUCUGCGGCCAGCCAGGACUACGCCUCAAGAUCAACCAUGUUGACACCGGUUACAUGAUUUUCCAUGGCGAAGCUUACAAUUUGGACAAUUCCAUGCAUCCAGCAGCUAAAGGAAUUCCACUCGACAGCAAUGUCCUGUACGACCUGCCCCACAAAUACGGCGGCCAAGAUGGCAGCUUUAUGUUUCAGCAGGUCAAUGGAGACUGCAAAGGACUCAUCACGCUAGCAAAUGGCUCAGAUGUCCCAACGAACUCAGACGGGGACCUGGCGUGGUACUUCCCUUGUAACGCAUUCAACCAGGAUGGUUCAUCGAAAGUCAAUUUGACCGACCCCUACUAUCUGGGAUAUGCUUGUCAUACCACCGCCAAGGCACGAAAUACCUUUUACAACCUUAGGAAGGCUGGUGUGGUCUAUUUCAGUUGGGACGACAUCGCGAACAAGAGCCGAAACCUCGCGGUCUACUCUGGCUCAGUGCUUGAUUUGGAUCUUCUCAAUUGGUUUAACGAGAGUCAAGUCGCGUGGCCCACUCAGUUUGACGAGCUACGCAAAAACGCACAAGUCCAUGGUGCGGACCUCACUCACGUCCUACAAUCUUCUACAGAUCGACAGGUCGGAAGAUGUCUCUCCCAGAUCAUCAAAGUUGGCUCAAUCGAUACGGAAUCGGUUGGCUGCAUCGCGUCCAAGGUCGUCCUAUACGUGUCGUUGUUUUUCAUCCUGAGUAUCGUACUGGCGAAGUUUUUCCUAGCCUUGGCCUUCCAGUGGUUCCUGGCGAAGAAAUAUGCCGCUCCGAAAACCUCACAGACUAUGGAUCCCCAAAAAAGAGCUGAACAGAUCGAGGCCUGGACCGACAACAUCUACAAAAAUCCCCCCAAGAUCGCAGAUCCUGCCACCACCAUUUCUGGGUCAGAAGGUCGAAGCAGUAAACAUGGAAGCAUGUUAUUCCCGUCGACCUCGCGCUUUACCAGCCCGUAUGCCGUCGAACGCGGAGCAAAGGUUAAUCGGGCUCCGCCUACGACAAUGACGAGUCAAUACUCCCAAGCCAAGUCAAAUCCAGCAGGAAACGCAUCAUUGUACAAGGGUGGAUUCAAUGCUAGCGAAAACACCCUUGCCCGGCCGAUGAGCGUUGGAGCUAGUAGGUCCAGUCUGCUUCUCUCUGCUCACGAGGUGUCACGCUAUUCGGUUGCUAUGGACAAUCUUGGUGGCAAUGGCCCUGUCGGAUUUGUCCAUGACAAUGUCAUUCCACAACCACCGCCGGAAUGGCAGCCAUUUGGAUAUCCACUCGCUCACGCCCUUUGCUUGGUGACUGCGUAUUCGGAAGGUGCAGAUGGUAUUCGUACGACCCUCAAUUCCGUUGCCACGACAGACUAUCCCAACAGCCACAAAGCAAUCCUCGUCAUCUGCGAUGGAUUGAUUAAAGGCCAAGGAGAAGAAUUGACUACUCCAGAAAUCGUCCUGGGCAUGAUGACUGACUUUGUCGUCCUGCCUGAGGACGUCCAAGCCUUUUCAUAUGUUGCUGUGGCAAGUGGUGCCAAACGACACAAUAUGGCCAAGAUCUAUGCAGGCUUUUAUGAUUACGGCCAUAACUCUGCUAUUGCCCCACUCAAACAGCAGAGAGUACCCAUGAUGGUUGUCUUCAAAUGCGGAACGCCCGAUGAAGCCAUCAAAAGCAAACCUGGAAACCGAGGCAAGCGUGACAGCCAGAUUAUCCUCAUGUCUUUCCUGCAAAAGGUCAUGUUCGAUGAAAGAAUGACCGAGCUAGAAUUCGAAAUGUUUAAUGGUUUGUGGAAAGUGACAGGAAUGUCGCCUGAUUUUUACGAAGUCGUGCUCAUGGUGGAUGCGGAUACCAAGGUCUUCCCUGACUCCCUCACUCAUAUGGUCUCAGCCAUGGUCACCGACCCCGAAAUUAUGGGUCUUUGUGGUGAGACUAAAAUUGCCAACAAGACGGCCUCUUGGGUUUCCCGGAUUCAGGUUUUCGAAUACUUCAUUUCACAUCAUCUCUCCAAGUCAUUCGAAUCAGUCUUUGGUGGUGUUACUUGUCUACCCGGAUGCUUCUGUAUGUACCGGAUCAAGGCACCCAAAGGUGGUCACAAUUACUGGGUUCCGAUCUUGGCCAAUCCCGACAUCGUCGAGCACUACUCCGAGAACGUUGUCGACACCUUGCACAAGAAAAACCUCCUCCUUCUGGGUGAGGAUCGUUAUUUGUCGACGCUGAUGCUGAAGACCUUUCCCAAACGAAAGCAGGUCUUUGUACCUCAAGCCGUGUGCAAAACCACUGUUCCUGAAGAAUUCAAAGUCUUGCUUUCGCAACGUCGAAGAUGGAUCAACAGUACGGUACACAACUUGAUGGAGCUUGUUCUCGUCCGAGAUUUGUGUGGAACAUUCUGCUUCAGUAUGCAGUUUGUGGUCUUCAUCGAACUGAUCGGCACACUUGUCCUGCCAGCUGCCAUCGCUUUCACCUUUUACUUGAUCAUUAUUUCGAUUGUCCGAAGGCCCGUCCCAAUCAUACCGCUCAUUCUUCUGGGCCUUAUUUUGGGCUUACCGGCGGUUCUCAUUGUCCUCACGGCUCAUCGCUGGUCAUACAUCCUUUGGAUGUUGAUCUACUUGUGCUCUCUACCAAUCUGGAAUUUCGUCCUGCCCACGUAUGCCUACUGGAAGUUCGAUGACUUCAGUUGGGGUGAUACUCGGAAGACAGCAGGCGAAAAGACCAAGAAGGCCGGUUUGGAGUAUGAAGGAGAGUUCGACAGCACCAAGAUCACGAUGAAGCGGUGGGCUGAUUUCGAGAGAGAGCGCCGAGCACAAGCAAAUGGUGUUUGGGUGCCACAGGAGACUCGUCCAGCGAGUGGGUAUGGUUCGACGCAAGCCUUUGAACAAUACCGCGAGCAUUAAAUUUAUGCGACCUGAAUUUAUGGCUAAUGACGCAAGCAAGAGCUGCAAAUAUCAAUGAAAUGAACAAAAAAGACAUGAUGGGAAGAUUUGCAUUGCAUGGAUACCAGGUGCUGGCAGGUGAUUGAUGGGUGAUUUUAAAACGGGCUGCAUGGGAAUACGGUCGGUCUAGGAGAUAUCUCGUGGUGCAUAUCUGGCGGCGUGUCUGUGUACUAGACUACUAAUUGUUGUACUAUCAUCUUGACGAAAGUCGAUGGAUGGGCUGAUGAGCUCAAGUCG